UCCACACUCAACAUCCAGGAUGACAGGGAUUAUUCUGCUCAUCUUAUUUCUGGGCUUUCCUCUUUGCAACUCAGAGGAGCAUGUUGUGAACGAGCUGUACACCUUGAUAGAAAAGGGUCAGAGUAGCUUUGUAGAUCCACCUUCGAGCAACCAGAGCCGGCUGGUGGUCAAAGAGCCCUCCCUGCCCAUCAACGAGCUCCUAGAGAAGAGUAGCAAGGCCAGCGAGUCCAAAUUCACCCUCCAUCCUCUCCCCUCUGCCGUCUGGCCAAAGCACACCGACCUGGCCCCCAUCCCCCGCCACCACGGCCCCCACGGCCCCCACAACAAGAGCAAAAAGGGCCACAAGAGCGACCGUCUGAUAGAGCACAACAGCGAGAAGACCAGAGGAGAAGUUGUUGGUUUGCUUCCCAAAACACAGCUGACGGGGGCUGCAGCUGCUGCCACCAACCGCACUGUGCAGAAAACCAACCAGGACGCCCAGUCCAACAUCGGUCCUCCUCAGCAGAGUGAACCAGAUGGACACUCCAACUCCAGACCCAGGGGUCCCCCCAACACACAGCCUCAGCCGCACCAACCAGCCCAAUCGCCGCGCAGAGAUCCCCCCAACCGAAGACUGGACCCAGAGGAGAACCGGCCGGGAAAGUCCAGUCUCUAUCAGACAGGUAUCGGUGCAGCGACCAGGAACAACAGCCGCCCACCUGUCGUCUUUAACCGGCGCUCCUCCAGCCUGCUCUACCAGUUUGACAUCCUGAGGCGAG